CACUCCUGUAGACCUUUAAUUAAUCCUCAUGUCAUUUUCUGUGAGAAUGCUUCACUAAUAUAAACAAAAUGGUUUAGAAUCUUUUGAAGCACCUAAAAAAUCGCAACUUUUAUAUUCCAUUGGCUAGUUGAGCGCAUAUCGUCAUGUGGAAGUGUCAUAAAUGCGGGAAACCCGUUUAUUUCGCUGAACGUAAACAAUCAUUAGGAUAUGAUUGGCACCCGGAAUGUUUGCGAUGUGAAGAAUGUGGAAAGCGACUGAAUCCUGGACAACAUGCAGAACACAAAGGUGUACCCUAUUGUCAUGUUCCUUGUUAUGGAGCUCUUUUUGGACCUCAGCUAUUUGGCCAUGGCACAAGAGUGGAAUCACAUACCAGUUUUGGAAAAAAGGAAAGCCGACCAUCAUUACCAAGAUCACACUUGGAGUCAAAAUUAAAAGUUUUUAAUCAGUAUUACGAAGGUAAAAGUGGGGGAAUUAGAAGCCGUGAGGUCAAUGGAAGAUUGAUAUUAGAAGGUGCAUUAAGAAUUUAUUGGGGUGUUCGUGGAGUGAUUCAUCUAAAGGAAGAUGAUGAUCAACGUACAGUGGUUACGGCGCGAAACAGGAAUUCAUGUAGGCAUAGUGUUUCCGAGGAUAUUGAAGACGAGGAUAAGAUAGACGAAUUGUCUAAAAAUCCAUCAGACAACAAUGUAGAGAAUAAUACAAAGUCUGUUCCGAUAUCUCCCGAUCAUUUGAAAAGUCUCACUCUGCCUAUGAAAUUGGAUGUUAAGACUAUGGAAUGGGACGAACUGGACGAGUUACUACAGGUCGAACGUAAAAUCGAGGACGGAAACAAGCUGUAUCAAACAAUGCCUGAGAAUCUCCCGUCAAUAAGUUCGCAGUCCAGCGUGGAUACACCGCCGCUUUCGUCUCAGUCGAGCCUCGAUCAGUCUGACUCUUGCGAAAAUUCAAACACAAGCAGUCCGAAUCAUCAAACAAUCAGCCGGGAUAACGACAGCAGUAUGAAUAGCACGCCGACGCAUAGCAUAGGUAGUUCUUCCAGCACAGACACACCUGUCAAUUUAGGGACUUCUAAUCGAAAUGGUACGCUUCGAAGAGUAGAAUAUUUUGACAACUUGGAGAAGGGCAAUGCCGUUGGCGGCGGUAGAUCUAUCGACAUUGACGAUAGUUGGAUCGAGAAAGGUUUGAACCGAUCUCUGUCAGGUCCCGACUGUCUUCAGAGACACAGAACUGACAGCGAUACGGAUUCGGUAAACUCCUUGCAGUUUAGAGAGGAUGACAAUAUGACUAUGUCCACGGACAGCGGAUUAGAGCUGGACGGUGUCGUUUUGCGCCGCAAGCAAGGUUCUACCGCAAUCAGACGACGUCCAGGCGGUAAACGUCAGUCCCGCAGUCGACUACGACGUCGUUGUUCGAUAAACGGUCAUUUUUAUAAUCGAGAGACCAGUUUCUUCACACCGCCCCAUGGCUCACAAAUGUCCGUCUGGGUGACGAGUCUGGUGAAUACUCAAGAAGUCAUUAAUUUAAUGUUGGACAAGUACAAGGUCGACGCCAAGUCUGAUAAUUUUGCAUUGUUCGUGGUGCGCGACAACGGUGAACAAAGGAGGUUAAGAGACGAUGAGUAUCCUCUGGAGGUCAGAGUGAUCUUGGGUCCGCACGAGAAUGUUGCACGGCUAUUCCUGGUUGAUAAGUUGUCCACGCCUGAAAUUAGUUCCGACGUCGCACAAUUUCUCAAUUUGUCUCUAGCGGAAUGCCACGGCAUACUGCAACGCUACCAUUAUGAGGAGGAACGUCAGAUUGUUAUUUUGAGAGAGAAAUACAAAGAAAUGCGAAGGAGAAUAAAACAAAGAAUGGAAGAGUUGAAAGUCCGUUUGUAAAUGGAAUCUCGAGUAAACAUACGGAUGUCUACGCAAUUAUUUUUAUAUAUCGACGGAACGCUCGAAAACGUUCAUUGUAAAAUAUUCACGUGACAAAAAUCUACAACACGUACCAGCAUACGGGUAUGUAUCGCAUCAGCGGGACGUUAUACGAUAUGAGGGAUUUUUGAAAGUGACCAAGUACACUAAAUAUCAUGACCGUACACGCUUGAUUUUAGUUUAAUUUGUAGCUUGACGCUUCAUUAUUAUAUUCAUUUAUCUGUAUUCAUUUGGAACCUAUUGCAUUUAUCUAUAGCCGUUAUACGGAAAUGUUAUUAAAUAGUGUACUUUAAUCGGACGAGGAAAUUGAAUCUCUAGUGAUUCUAUGAAUUUACUUCCGUUUAUCAAGUCGAAGAUAUAAUAUGUGAUGCAUAUGAUAAGAAAUGUGUUAUUCUCGUAGUAUCCACUAUGGCUUUCCGAAUGAUUAAAAUUUACGAGAAGUAAGAAUAUAUAUCUUCAAUUCGUUUCGUAACACAGAUGAAACGAUUGAAGACUCGAAUAAUGUUAGUAUGAAGUAGUUAUCGCUCGUAAAAUUAUAUAACGAUAGAGAAUUAUUCAAUAUCUCGAAUAUUGUUCAUAAUCGCUCGUACUCACGACGAAUAGAACGGUGUGUUUUAUUGCAAUUUUUCAGCAUUCCGACAUUUCGACGAAGUGAUAAAAAAAAUAGCAAUGAGAAGGUAUUUUUCUAUCAGUUUUUUAGAAGGGAUCCUUCUAUCGAACGAGAAGUCAUUUUUACCGAAUAUAGAGAUCGACGAUAAUAAUAAUUGUUACGAAUAUAAAGUUUUCUAUCUCUUUUGCAUGUUAACGUGGCCCAAAUAAGUAGACACACACAUAGCCGUGCACAAUUGUUGUCAGAUAUUCUGAUACUGCAAUCCGACACUAUUGUUGCGCGAAACAAAUUGCAGAGUAAAACAAAAUGCCGCCGAUGCAAUAGCAAUUAAUCGCCGGAACAUUGUAACGUGUCGCGUCCAUGGAAUCGCCGUUUCGAGCUAGUCAUGUUUCACGCUUAGUCACUGAUAUCGAUUGUCCAUCGCAUUUUCAACUAGAGGCCAAAAACGACAUACACUGAGCCACGUUUACGUACAUUACAAAACAUACGUAUAUGUAUACGUUUUCAAUCUGCCAGUUUAGAACAAUAAAUAAGGGGCACGUCAUGACGUAAUAAAGAUAUAUUGAUAACGCAGAUAUUUGUG